UUAAUUUUAAUAUACUUUAGGGGGUUAAGUGUCUGAAAGGAGAAAGUAAACUCAGUCUCCCUUUUCCUUCCUCACUUUGUUGUCGCUGAGAAUGUCAGUCAUCGCGGUUGCUAAGAGAUUCGGACCUCCGCGAGAGCUGCUAACGGCAAAAUGUUCCUCAAAGAAGUUUCCUUCACACGUGUGAUUGACCUACUUAACAAAGUUUUUAGUCAGUAAAACAUUGAAUUUCGGUUCAUAUGACCGUGUGAGAUGCUUUUGUCAGGCUCACGGUUCGAAGUUUCCUCUGGAUUCUUCGAGAUUCUUCACCGUUAGUGUGAGGGAGCGUGAUUCGAUGCGGUUUUUUCCCACCCAUAUUCAGGAAAGCCCCGCCCUCUGAACUAGGAUUGGUCAUUAGGAUUCUGCGUUCUGCUCUGUUAUUGGUUAGAAUUGUACAUAGUAAUCGCGACUGGUUAUGAACGUGAACGACUAAACCAAUCCUGACGCAGGAGGAGUGGCUAGACUGAAUACGGGCGGAAUAAAACUUUCCCAGCAGUGGCGUUCAGUGAGUGAGCGGCCGCAGUAAAGCCGGCUUAAUUGAACUUCACUCCGUUUGCUCACUUUCCCGCUGUAACACAGUCCCCGUGUUCACUGAGAUUAUGGACACCCUCCGAGAGCCACGCUGAGGAAUUUAGGAUUCAUUUAUUUGACUUUAAAAAUGGAAAGGAUGUCGCUUUAUUUGAUCAUUUCUUCUUAAGUUUUUUUUUUAUAUCAAGGCUAUUCUGUUAAUUACGAACCUUUGGUUGUUUCAUUACGAUAACCUGUGUUAUGAACUGAAGUUACAAUUUUGGCGUGAAUGGGUGACGAUGGGUGGCGUCUAAUGCGCAUGCGUGGGAGGAGUUGCGUUCCACCCACUACCUGUAAGUAGCGCACCUGGAUCCAACGAGACGGAAGUAGUGUGUCGAGAUUACUGAAACUCUCUCACUGCGGGAUAAUCCUGGGGAUUUGAUCUGGUUCGGGGUCAGCUGGAUUCUGCCUCGGGACCGUGCUUCAGACCACUGGAUGAAAAGUGGAUUAUUAUAAUUAUUUUAACUGGCGCUCCAUUCGUUUUGGCAACAGUGCGGGUAAGACUGUGGUUGAUAUGAUAAUGCCUGAGUCUCAUUCUCAUGCUGACUGUUGUGUGUAAUACUGACAAGCUGGACAUCUCAGCUGCUAUUCUGCACCAGGCUGGAGGUAUCUGGCUUUUGUUCAAGCCCUAAUCAUGACAGGAUAAGUCUAUAUCACUGGCUCAUUUACCAUAUGUGUUCCCAAGUGUAGAGAACAGUGAUUUUCAGAAUCUCAGAUGUUAUGAAUAGACUUUUCCACUGGUUACAGUGACAUGUUGUAAUUUUGGGAAGUGAGUAACCUUCAUGGCCAAUUCCUAGAGGAUGCAUGAAAAGGCGUAACGUGCUCAUGAAAACAUUUUUCUCUCCUGGAGAAUAAUUUCCCAGCCACCCUGAAAAAGGUCUUAAAUAUUAUUGAAAACAUUUAUUUUGGAUAACCUAGAUGUUGGAAUUGGAGUAAAAGUAGUAAAAGGUUUUUCCUCCUUCAAGUGUAUACUCAGUUGUUACAAUGUUCUGAGGACUGUAAUUGAAUAAAACCAGACACUCUUAAGGUUGUGUUUACACUGAAUUUGUCACCACCCUUCUUCUUUCUUUCUUUGUUGCAGGUUUAGCAGUCAUGGAUGUUACUCAGAGGGUGUGUGUCAGGUGAAGUUUUAUCUGGAGCACUCUAAACUCACACACACGCCUCUUUUCACUCCCACCACAUAAGAAUGACGGUGUUUCGCAGGCUGCUGCGCAGGCGCUUGCAUCCAUGGAAGCUUGCCAUUGUGGCACUGGUGUUUGUGACGUUUGUGUUCCUGAUGCAGAGAGAGGUGGUCAGUCAGGGCCCACAGGAGGAGGAGGAGCCGUGGCUGAAGGGGAUCGUGGGGAAACGGGACGUUGUGCUGGGCAUGGUAAUGGGGGCGGUGAAUAACUUCAGGGACGCCAUGCCAAAGAUGCAGAUUAGAGCCCCGGUCAGGCAGCAGGAGAGCAGGGGCAGCCAGACAUGUCUGCCUGGUUACUACACGGCUGCUGAACUGAAGCCUGUGCUGGAGAGACCCCCGCAAAACCCCAGCGCCCCAGGGGCCUCGGGGACACCCUUUCACACAGAGAACUUGAGCCCAGAGGAGCAGAAGGAGAAGGAGCGAGGCGAGGAGAAACACUGCUUUAACCUGUACGCUAGUGACCGCAUCUCACUCAGCAGAGACCUCGGUCCUGAUACCAGACCUCCAGAAUGCAUAGAGCAGACAUUCCGGCGCUGCCCACCCUUGCCGACCACGAGUGUGAUUAUCGUGUUCCACAACGAGGCAUGGAGCACAUUAUUGCGGACAGUCUACAGCGUGCUUCAUACCUCUCCUGCCCUACUGCUCAAGGAGGUCAUCCUAGUGGAUGACGCCAGCACAGACGAGCGACUAAAGGUGGAGUUGGAUGAGUACCUGAAGCAGCUACAUAUUGUACGUGUGGUGCGGCAGCUCGAAAGAAAAGGCCUCAUUACUGCUCGUCUGCUAGGAGCCUCCGUUGCCACCGGUGACACCCUCACCUUCUUGGACGCCCACUGUGAGUGCUUGCAUGGUUGGCUGGAGCCUCUGCUGGCCCGGAUAGCAGAGAACUACACAGCAGUGGUGAGCCCAGACAUUACCACUAUUGACCUGAACACGUUUGAGUUCAUGAAGCCUUCUCCAUAUGGGCAGAACCACAACCGGGGCAACUUCGACUGGGGCUUGUCCUUUGGCUGGGAGAGUCUGCCCGAACAUGAAAAACAAAGACGCAAAGACGAAACCUACCCCAUCAAAACACCAGCAUUUGCAGGGGGACUUUUCUCCAUUUCUAAAGAUUACUUCUACCACAUUGGGAGUUAUGAUGAGGAGAUGGAGAUUUGGGGAGGAGAGAACAUUGAAAUGUCCUUCAGGGUGUGGCAGUGUGGGGGGCAGCUGGAGAUCAUCCCCUGCUCCAUCGUAGGUCAUGUGUUCCGCACCAAAAGCCCACACACCUUCCCCAAGGGCACACAGGUGAUCGCUCGUAACCAGGUGCGGUUGGCCGAAGUCUGGAUGGAUGACUAUAAGGAGAUCUUCUACCGUAGAAACCAGCAGGCCGCACAGAUGGCUAAAGAGAGAUCAUUCGGAGACGUCUCCAAGCGUUUAGACCUCCGGGAGAGGCUACAAUGUAAGAGCUUCUCCUGGUAUUUGAAGAACGUGUAUCCCGAGGUCUUCAUGCCCGAUCUUAACCCGCUGCAGUUUGGCGCGAUAAAGAACGCAGGGAAGGACUCAUGUCUGGAUGCUGGAGAAAACAAUGAGGGAGGAAAAGCCCUCAUCAUGUACCCCUGCCACGGCAUGGGGGGCAACCAGUAUUUUGAAUAUUCAACGCACCAUGAAAUCAGACACAACAUUCAGAAGGAGCUUUGUCUACACGGGAAAGAUGGGCCAGUGAAACUAGAGGAAUGUCAGUACAAAGGCCACAACACCUUCACAGGAGCUGAGCAGAAAUGGGAGCUGCGUGAGGACCAGCUGUUUUAUAACGUGGCGUGGAGGCUGUGUCUCAGUGCUCGAUUUGAAAACCCUGCUCUGGUCACCUGCAACUCGGCAGACAGAUACCAGCUGUGGGUGUUUACCUGAGAGGACAUGCACUCACUCACACACACUGCACACUCCACACUAUAGUCACUGAAUGCCAGAAUGAGAGUUUUAAUUUAUUUUUUUAUGUGAAGUUACUGCUGCUGGAAGUAGUAUGCAUACAGUACACGUAUGUACAAACAGAACACAUAGACACUUGCGAAUGCAACAGAGCGCCUUCAGGAAGACUGCUGAACGUUUACGAUGAAGCACAAAGUGAAGAUUUCUGAACUUUCACUCUGAUUCUCAACUUUUUGCUUUUUCUCCUUGACUCUGUUACUUGAAGGGCUGUUACUGUUGCUUCAGAACAAAACUCUAUUAGAGUCUAUCAGAGGCCUUCAAACCCCUUUCAAGUUAUCAUGUGAGGUACCAUGCACAAUUAAAUGCACCAAAGACUUUGUAAGAGUAUUUAUAAGUCCAGGUUUCAAUUUGCAAUUUCCCUCUGCACUAGGAAAUGACCCCCUAAAUGAGCAUUGUUUAUAUUCCAGAGAGAAUGUUUAACAUGUUGUCUAACACGUUUUCCAGCAUUUUCACACUCAUGGCCAAACAAAUGAUUUACAUUGAAAUGUUUUUAACACGUACAGACAUCUGACACUUUUUUUUUUUUGUUUACUGAACAGUGCUGUAAACUCUCUCAGAGUCCAAAUGAUCACAUGCCCUCAAGUUCAUAGAUUUCUGUAUUUUGUUACAUAGUUUGAUCGUUUGAGUGUUUUUUAUAUGAAGAGGCAUAAGUAUUUUGUCUGAAAUGCAGUUAUUCAGUCCAUUUCUAGGACUGGCUUUUUGUCUGGCAAUACAGAACAAUGUAGUUGUGUUUUUCAACAGAAGAGGGCACUGUGUGCAAAGCUUUGUGUUGGAAUUUCAGUACAAGCAGGCCUGUCAGUGGUGCAACACAACAGAUCAAAAACUGCAGUGUCAUUUCAAGCCCUCAUGUUUGUCUGUAAGAAAAUAAAAACCUAACUUGUGUUUGUAAUUUUUUUGCUCUAACAUCAGAGCCGGGUUGAAAAGCUCAGAUUAAAGGUCUGUCUGAUUUCAAA